UCCUGCCCGAUCGAUCGCCUGGAGCGGGCGGGCGACCGAAACGGGAACAUGUUCGGCCAAUUCCUCAAUUCGACCAGCGUGGCGGGAGCGCACCUGGUCGCUCGGCCCGGCCCCCUCUAUCCCAAUGCCACGCAGCGGCCCGUCGGCUCUUCGGGCUUCUAUCUGCCGACGGCCAAGGUCCUGAAGGAAGGAGAAAUGAGCAAGGCCGAUCUGGUGACCUACGUGGUUCUCUUUUCCUUCCUGCUCGUAACCGUGUCCGUAAUCGUCCUUUUCAUCAACUGCCAGUUGAAGAACUCCUCCUUCGCCACGUUACCUUACGACAGGUCUCUGAGAGAGGCCAGGAAUCCGUGGAGAACCCAGGAGGUCUAGAUCCCCACCCCUCCCGCCCGCGAAGACGUCGGAGUUAAAGGGGACUGCCCCCGAUGCCGGCUGUUCCGAGCGGAUCCUCAGCCAGACCGUCCCCACGAGAAAAUCCUUUAAUUCCCUUUGGCCACCGAGUGGAUGCCGGCACCUUUGACUGGGAGACUCGUU